AUGUGGGCGGCGGAGGAGGCGGAGUCCCAGGUAGAAGCCGCGGAGAAGCCUGAGGAGCAGCAGCAAGCUGACCCAGGGCCAGCUGGGACCGCAGUCCCGCCCGCACUGGAGGCGCUGCAGGCCCUUCAGUUCCAGCUGAGCGCUGAGAGUGCCCGAGCCAGCAGAGCCUACAUUCAGGUGAAGCGCAGGACCGCUCAGCGUAGAAAGCCCAUUCUCGAGCGCAGAAGGGCCAUCAUCCAGUGCAUCCCCAACUUCUGGGCCAAAGCUAUAGGAAAUCAUCCCCAGAUUUCAGCCAUCAUCAGUGAACAAGAUGAAGACAUGCUGAACUACUUGAUCAAAUUGGAGGUAAAGGAACUGGGCCAUCCUAAAUACCUCUGCAAAUUGAUGUUUUUCUUUCGGAGCAACCCGUACUUCCUGAACGAAGUAAUCAUGAAGCAAUAUCAUGUCGGCCUUGCAGGAUACAGGGCCUCUAGUUCCACUCCAGUCCACUGGUUCUGGGAUUAUGAACGUGGAGCCCCCAGCCGCAGGCAGGACACAACAAGCAUUAAUUUCUUCAACUGGCUGGCUGAACACAACCUGCCAGGGUCAGGAAAGAUUGCUGAGAUCAUCAUCGAGGACCUAUGGCCCAAUCCCGUGCAGCACUAUCCAAGGCAUGCUCGCACCAGAGGAGGGAGCUGGGAGGAAGACUUGUUGGUUCUCGUACUCAGCCUGCAGUGGGAGUAUCUCCCUUCUGCCCUCCUUCCUAUGGGCUCUUCUCGCGAUAACAUCCGGGACUCUCGGCCCCUUACAUCUCUUUGGUCGCCGGCCUCAGCCGGUAGUUUGGCUCCGGUCUCUGAGCUGAGCUUUCAGCCAAGACCUCGGACAACAUGA